UACGUACAGUAACAACUAUGAAAAAUUAUUGUUUCUGCAUGACAGCAAAUUAAUAAGAUAACAAUAAAUAAAAUCAUUAUCGAAGGAAUGAUAGCACAUGGAGAAUUAAGUCAUCUCAAGCCCCUGUUUUGUUGGAUAAUGGGCCAAAAUUAUGGAGAAAUUUUGAUAUGCCAGUCAUUUUCCUUGUAUUAAUACGUGAUAUUUUUUGUAAGUACAGAUACCAUCGAGUAAAAGAAAAAAAAAAAAAAUCUCAGAUGUGGAAACCUAGAAGGUCACUAGGUGGGGUGGCAGGGUAAUGAGCCUCCACGAAAAGUCCACCCUCUGGUAAGUAAAUCCUAAAUCAUGUACUCUGGUUUCUCCUCUUACUUGGGUUUUUUCUUCUUUAUCUUGUCAUGUGUCUGGUUGGGAGGACCUUGCUCUUGUAGUGCACGCACAGACAGCAUCAAACUUGGGGAAGGGCUUCCAUUCUCGGAGAAUUUACUGGUUUCGGCACAAGGGACUUUCACACUCGGGUUCUUCAGCCUGGACACGGGCACUUAUUUAGGAGUCUGGUACACAAGUGAUGUUAACAACAAGAAAGUCUGGGUUGCUAACAGAGAUAAGCCUAUAUCUGGCACCAAUGCAAAUCUCAUGUUGGAUGGCAAUGGCACAUUGAUGAUCAUUCACAGUGGGGGUGAUCCAAUUGUCUUGAAUUCCAAUCAAGCAUCCAGAAACUCCAUAGCUACCUUGCUUGAUUCUGGAAAUUUUGUUGUGUCAGCGUUAAAUUCAGAUGGAUCUGUGAAGCAGACACUAUGGGAAAGUUUCGAUGAUCCUACAGACACGCUCCUGCCUGGGAUGAAACUAGGCAUCAACUUGAAAACCGGGCAAAACUGGUCACUUGCUUCGUGGAUAAACGAACAAGUGCCUGAUCCUGGGACUUUCACUCUAGAAUGGAAUGGCACACAAUUGGUAAUGAAACGCCGAGGGGACAUCUACUGGAGCAGUGGAAUUCUGAAAGAUCGGGGUUUUGAGUUCAUUCAAACUCACCAUAACAUCUACUAUUUCAUCAGUGUUUGUAAUGACAACGAGAUCUACUUCAGCUAUUCAGUUCAAGACAGAGCUAUUUCAAAGUGGGUAUUGAACUGGAGAGGGGGAUUUUUUGACACUUACGGAACUCUAUUCGUGAAGGAAGAUAUGUGUGAUCGUUAUGACAAAUAUCCAGGGUGUGCAGUGCAAGAGCCACCCACUUGCAGGACUAGAGACUUCCAAUUCAUGAAGCAAUCGGUUCUCAAUUCAGGAUAUCCAUCAUUAAUGAACAUAGAUACGAGCUUGGGCCUUAGUGAUUGUCAGGCUAUAUGCAGGAACAAUUGUUCUUGUACUGCUUGUAAUACUGUAUUCACCAAUGGAACUGGAUGUCAGUUUUGGAGGGAUAAAUUGCCACGAGCCCAAGUGGGUGAUGCAAAUCAGGAGGAGCUCUACGUUUUGUCCUCAUCAGAAGACAUAGGGAAGCCUUGGUGGAUAUGGAUUAUCAUUCUCGUUGUAGUAGUAUUUCUGUUCUUGUUAGCUGUCUUUUGUUGUUCACAGAGAAACUCCAGAGGGGAUAGAGAAGGGACGAAAGUCAAGCUACCUGAAGUUGGGCCUAGAAAAAAGGGGAGAGUUAGGUUCAGUGUACCACUUGAAGUUGGGCCUAGAAAAAAGAGGAGAGUUAGGUUCCGUGUACCACUUGAAGUUGGGGCUUCUGGUACAACAGGGGACCUACCCAACCCAAAUCCACGCCCAUUUGGCACUUAAGGCGAGCCAGGGAGUUGUUCUGCUCUGCUACUUGAGAGAUGGAAGGCGGGUCAAGAUGAGAUGAGAAUUUGAUUCCCUCGUGGUAAGCUUUUCUUUAUUUACGUUUUGUUAAUUUAUAAUAAGAUGACAACUGAACUGAAGCUAGUUUUGUGAUCAUUUGGAACAUAUUUGUACCCAUGUAUUCUGGAGCUCUAUUUGCCCUUUUGCUCUCCAAAACAUCUUAUGAUAUACGUCUAUCUAUAUCCAUCUCAGCCAAAGUAGGCCAUA